AGCAUUUAUACAUUUUAUAAAAUAUAUUUUGUUCAGUUUUAUAAAGUUUAUAAUUAGUAAAAUUUCUAUUGCAGCCAUUAACACCAACAGGACACACCCAACCAAUGACUACAACUCAGCAAUAUCAUAGUUAUCCUCAGACACCAGGAUCACCACCCGCUGCUAAUUUUCAAAUUACCAUGUCUCAAUCCCAAUCGUUGAGUUUUACUUCACCGUUUGGUUGUAGAACACCAUCGUCUAGUGGAAUGACGAACCUUCAGACGCCUCAACACUUAGACAACAUGACCUAUUUGAAUCGACCUCCACCCGAUUACAAACUUCAACCUUUAGGGGAUGUUAACCAACACAAUAUAACCAAUUAUGGUAACGUUGGAAGAAAUCGAGCUACUGGAAAUGGCUCCCAGAUACACAGACAAGUGAACAAUUACAGAAGAUCGGAUGGUCAAGUCCUGUCUUCAGAUGCGUGCCCAUCUGGAGGUUACAUCAAUAAAUCUCUUCAGGAACACGUACAAAGAUCGGAUAAACUUAACUAUACGAAUCCAUUAACGAAGAAUACAAGAUCUCCAAAUGUUAAUAUCGGUCCCGAUGGUUUGAAUAUAUCUCAACGUAAUCCCGGUUCAACUACAGAAUGGCGGCCUUCCUUAGUUCAUUGUCCACCGAGGAUAACGAGCCAAUCAGGCCCUCGUGUAUCUUAUCCUCAAUCUUAUACCAAUGAUAUGAGAGGGAUGUCACCGCCUCAAUCUUCAGAAAAAAUGCAAAGGUAUCCCAGUAAUCAGGUGGUCAUGCAACAGCAACAACAGUUGGCAUUGCAAGGCAAUAUACCAAACGCGUCGGUUAAUAUGCAAAUGUCGCAAUCUAUCUCUAUGUCGUCAGGUAUACAGAUACCUAAUCAGAUAUAUCCACAAGGAUCAUCGACACCACACGACGGUUCUCAGAUAAAUCUCGAUUUUUUUGAUAAUAUCGAAAGUAGUGCCACGGACCUGUUGAACUUCGAUCCCGUCAUGCAAACAAGUGGUGCUUCAUCGAAUUUCACUCUACUAGACGAAAUUGGAAUUUUAGGGAAAUGAAUAGCCUCUAAUGCUCUUUUUCUCUCCUCUUUUUUUCCCCCCACAAUGAUUGAUGGGUUUCUAACGUCGUGGGAUAAAAUGGGCAACAAUUUUAACAAUUGUGUGCAUUACUUUUAUCCAUUAUUCAUAUCUUGUUAGGCCAGUUGCAUAAUUAGCUCAACUCUCACCAUCAUUCCAGUCAAUAUUUUUGCAGACUUUCCGUGCUGUUUUGCGCUUUCACACCUUUAAUAACAUUAAAAAGACAAUUGUAACUGUAAAAUUAAAUAUUCAAAGUGCAGAUUCUGUGCUUUAAAGUAUGAAAUUCGAAGAGACAAUAACCUAGGCACACGCCAUUCGCGUGUGUGUUUAUCUGUUUUUUCUACAUCUUCCGGAUAAUUCAAGGAAAAUUCUUUUUUUUUGUGUUGUGCAUAUUCAACAGAUAAACUACGUAUUAAGCAUUAAAAACAUUAUUAAAA